AUGAAAGUAUCUUUAAUUGUAGCAAAAGCUGAGAAUGAAGCUAUUGGAAAAGACAACGAUUUGAUUUGGCAUUUAAGGGAUGAUUUACGUUAUUUUUCUGAAAUUACAAAAGGACAUCAUGUGAUUAUGGGAAGAAUGAAUUAUGACUCAAUUCCUGAUAAAUAUAGACCUUUACCUAAUAGGGAGAAUAUAGUUGUGACUAGAAAUAAGGCUUUUCAUGCAGAAGGGGUGACAGCUGAUUCAUCUCUUAUACCUUCCACUUUGGAUACAGCUUUUAGUGAUGAAGUUAAAAAACAAAAAGUACUGGAUAUCAACUUAGGAAUUAAGGAAAGAAAUGAUAAAGACAGUGUUUCUAAUUUGUCUCGUUCAAUUUUCUUUGGUUUUGACUAUAGAAUAGUGCUUGGCUAUGAUAAUGACACCUACUUUGGAGGAAUGAUUUUACUUGGAACUAAUACAAAACAAGACUUUACUCAAAGCUCUUUUAGUUCCGAUUAUUCUGUCGUAGAGUUAUAUUUUGGUAAACGCAUGAAUUUGCAUCUUCGUAGGAAAGAAAAAAGAAAAAAGUUUGACUAA